UCCAAUUAAAUACUGUACAAAAAAGUAGAGAUUAAGAUAUUUUGCUUUUUCGCAGGCAAAAAACUGUAAUUUACGAUGCCGAAGAAUAAGAAAAAAGAAAGUUCCAGCAGCAGUGAUAGUGACGAUGGGCCAACUGACAGAAAUCCACCACCAGAGAAGAAAGCCAAAACAAGCAGCAAAACAGAUGAUAAAGAACCAACCUGGGUGCUGCAGGGCAAAAAACUUGUUAAAGUAAGAGAAUUCAAGGGAAAGUUGUAUGUAGAUGUUAGAGAAUUCUAUGAGAAGAAUGGAGAGUUACUGCCAGGGAAAAAGGGUAUAAGUCUUACUCCAGAACAAUGGAGAAAACUCCUCUCCUUAGGAGAUGAAAUCAAUGAAACUAUUAGUAACUUAUGUUAAGGACAACAAAUUCGUUUUGCUUAUCUUUUUUUAAACUUAAUUUCUAAGCAUUCACUUGGAUUGUUUGUUAACUUGUUUCUUUUUUGUCUAAUGUUUGGUUUUACUGUUCUUUUAUGUGUUGAGUGAUCGAGUGGCUGUGAGUGUGAUGCAAUGGUUUAAUAAAAGAGU